AUGCAAGACGUGGGCGAGUCGGAGACCGAUGAUCGCUAUGGAGGGGACGACAUGAUUCAAGAGAACAGCGAGAGCAAACACCUCGCCAAUGACAGCCAGGAUAGCUAUUGCUCCGAAGAGGCUAAUUUCUCUGGCGUUGGAGACUCCCAAGAACGCGAGCAAGGUCUCAGAAAGGAGGACGUGGAGGUCGACGUGUUUGACGGCCGCGAUAAACCAUGGUCAAGCACGGCACAGAUCAGGGAGGUCGCAGAGGAAGAUCCUGCUGCGGAGACACUUUCAGACUCAUCGUUUGAGUACUACAACGCUGAUGACGGGAUAUGA